AUGCUUUCACUAACCAUAGGCCUAUUGGGCUUCUGCUCGCAUUUUGUUCAUGCUGCUAUAGUCCCCGGGAAAGCCUUUGAUAGGUUCAUAAGCAUCUGGCUCGAGAAUCAGGAUUUCGGAAAAGUCGUUGCGGAUCCAGAUUUUGCAGACCUAAAACGAUUUGGUAUCUUGCAGACUCGAUAUUAUGCACAAACUCAUCCUAGUCAGCCAAAUUACAUCGCCGCCGUGGGAGGCGAUUACUUCGGCUUAGACCAUGAUGAGUUUGUUCGUAUUCCUUCCAAUGUCUCCACUGUCGUUGAUCUUUUUGAUGAAAAACGUAUUUCAUGGAGGGGGUAUUUCGAAGGAAACCCCGGUCCUGGUUACAUGGCGGAAGGUAGUUAUGAUAUUAACGGAAUGUGGGAUUAUGUUAGGAAACAUAACCCGUUCGUUUCCUACGAUUCUGUUAACAAGAAUGGGAGCAGGUUGAUGAACCUACUCUCAUUCGAAGAUUUCAAGAAUGAUCUUGCGGCUGGGACUGUCCCGCAAUUUGUGAUGAUGUCUCCGGAUAUGUUGAACGACGGCCAUAACACUACGUUGGACUAUGCAACUAAGUGGGCCCACAAGUUCCUUCUCCCGUUGUUAGUUGAUGGGGUCUUUAAGGAAAAGACUUUGAUUCAACUUACAUACGAUGAAACGGAGGAUUAUUCUAAGCCGAAUCGAAUCGUGUCCCUCUUACUUGGCAGUGCCGUUCCGAACAGUCUUAAAGGGACCGAAGACAAUACGUUUUAUACCCACUUCUCCAUUCUCGCCACCGCCGAAAAUAAUUGGGACUUGCCGAAUCUCGGAAGAUUCGACGUAGGCGCUAAUGUUUUUAAGCUUGUCGCCGAUGUGACGGGCUAUGACAACAAAGACCCAUCGAACAUAGCAACUGUGAAUAAUUCGGUAUCAUAUCCUGGUGCGUUCAACAGGAAUCACACCACUAGGUUGACGGCUAUCCCUCCACCAAACUUGCAGCUGGUCGGUGCCGGCGGACAGCCCGUCCUCAACCUCGUUCGCGAGCAUUGGAAGGCCAGUGCGAAUACCGACACACCUUACGAUGGAAGUGGUAGCGUUUACGACGGUGACCACGCACCUAUAUAUAAUCCGCAGGCACGGAAUGAUGUAAUAUAG